AUGGCGAAGGAAGAGCUUGGGUUGAAGAUAGGCUUCUACGCCUAUCCAUGCGCCCUAUUUGUCACGCUUCUGGGUGUCCAAUCUGCUCAGUUCUACCUUACUCGCCAUGGCGAUCCGAAAACGCGUCAGAACGCGUUAGACAACGAACUUAAGUCAAAGACUGAGAAAAUCCAACGUCUCUACACGAGGUUAAUAUGGGUUUUUCAACUCGUUCUUUCAGGAUUAAUUACUGCGAGUAUCGUUCUUACUACGAGGGAGGUGUUUGCGGAUCAGAAAGAGAUCAAGGGAAAGAUUCUGUUUUCAUUCAGCGCAUACUUAGCCUCUUUUGUUGGCGUUUUACUCUAUUUCCUUGCUGGUCUCCUCCCCGACCCUGAAGGUCCUUGGAAUCCGAACGGCGCUCACCUCGCAGCGUGGUGUGUUGCCGCGCUUGCAGAAAUCGUUAUCGCAGCAGUCUUGUCCGCGGUGGAACCUCAACUUCGUGUCUCACCUAAUUUCGUCGACACUACCAACCUUCUGGGCGCAGCAAGGGUCUUUGUUCUUGCUCUUAUGAUCGGCUCAUUUACUUUGAGAGAGUACAAAUUGAAAUCCCUUCAACCAAAGUCUGUGCCCGAGGAACGACAGGGCCUGCUGGAGAAUGGAAAUGGCAACGCUGAAGGUUAUGGAAGCGUUCCCCCUUCCGCCGCUGAACCAAGACGCACACAAGUCUCAGGGACGGGCUGGCUGGAUUAUUUCGCUGGUUUCAAAGUUCUGUUUCCUUACCUGUGGCCCAAGGAUUCGCCUCUCUACCAAGCCAUCGUCCUUGUAUGCAUCGUCAUCCUAGUCUGCCAACGUCUCGUCAACGUCCUUGGUCCGCUCCAACUGGGAGUUCUUGUCGACAAUCUUGGCGAAGGAAAACUACCUUAUAAGCAGAUUCUCCUUUACGUCGUCUACCGUGCCCUCCAAGGCAAUCAAGGUGCUCUUGGCGCAGCGCGUUCCAUCCUUUGGAUCCCAGUAUCACAAUCUCUAUUCCGACGACUGUCGUCCGCUGCAUUUGAACAUGUCUUGGGUCUUUCUUUGGAGUUUCAUCUCAACAAGAAGGUCGGCGAGGUCACCAGUGCGCUGAGUAGAGGCGCCUCGAUCAACACCUUCCUCGAGAGCUUCUGUUUCCAGGUUUUUCCUAUGGUCUUUGACAUCUUCGUUGCCGGCGUAGUGUUUUUUUACAAGUUUGAUCCCUUCUUUUUAAUCAUCGUUUUCUUCAUCAUGUGGUCCUACAUCUUCCUAACUAUCUACGUGGCCAAGUACCGUGGCAAGCAAAGGAGAGACAUGGCAAUGAAGACACGAGAGAUGGAGGCUAUCAAGACAGAUGCCAUUGUGGCGUAUGAAACAGUCCAGCACAAUUGUGCUGUCGUUCGUGAGACAGCGCGGUUUAGAGAACAUGUUACUGUCUUCCAACGUGCUGAGCGACUUGUGCAGUGGUCUCUUGCAGCUCUCAACCUUACCCAGAGCUCCAUCUUCACUCUGGGCACUGCGCUACUCGUUGCUGUCUCAGCCUACAAGAUCUCUAUCGGACAGCAGACUGUUGGCGAGUUUGUGAGUCUCAUCAACUACUUUGUUCAGCUUCAGGGACCUUUGAACUUCUUCGGUACAUACUAUACCAUGCUACAGAAUAAUCUUAUUGAAGCAGAGCGACUUCUUGAUCUGUUCAAAGAAACCGCUGGCGUAGUCGAAAAGCCAGACGCCAUCGUUCUUCCUCCCAUCAAGGGCGAAGUUUCCUUCAACAAUGUCAAAUUCGCUUACCAGACUAAAAAGGGCGGUCUUGUCCUCGACGGUAUUAACUUUACAGUUGCACCCGGCACAAAGACAGCCAUCGUUGGCGAAUCCGGCAGUGGAAAGUCCACCUCGCUCAAACUUCUUUUCCGCUUCUACGACGUCACAGACGGUUCUGUUACCAUUGAUGGCCAUGAUCUCAGAGAUCUCAAGCUCGACAGCCUGCGCAGAAACAUUGGUGUCGUGCCACAGGACACCGUACUGUUCAACGCGACAAUCAUGUACAAUCUGCUGUAUGCGAGACCUGAUGCGACAGAGGAGGAUGUGUAUGAGGCAUGCAAGGCUGCGAACAUUCACGAGAGGAUCUUGAACUUCCCUGAUGGGUAUGAGACCAAGGUUGGAGAGCGCGGUUUGAAGUUGUCGGGGGGUGAACGACAGAGGAUUGCUAUCGCACGUGCUAUUCUCAAAGAUGCGCGAAUCCUUCUUCUCGACGAAGCCACUGCUUCUCUAGACUCGCACACUGAGCGACAAAUUCAGGAUGCUCUUGAGCGUGUAACAGCCGGGCGCACAACCAUCACCAUUGCACAUCGGCUGUCUACGAUCACAACUUCGGACCAGAUCAUCGUUCUUCACAAGGGCGAGAUUGCGGAACGCGGCACACACAACGAGCUUUUAGCUCGUGGUGGAAGAUACCAUGCUAUGUGGGAGAAGCAGACGACGAUUGAGAAGAAGGAGAAGGAGAAGAAGGAACUUGAAGGGGAGGCAUCUGAAACUGCAUCUCAAGAAUGA